GAACGUAUCCCGGUGCCGAGGAAGAAAGAGAAAGAGUUAUAUGCACGGACGAAGUACGGUCACCCUGCGAUCGACUCACGGGAGUAAAGGUUUUACCGAUGGCGUACCCCCAUACACGCAGAGAAGAGCAUAUAGGCAAGAGGUUCCCACACUGCAGACCAUGAUUUAUUGGCCUGCCACCCGCCAGACCUGCUGUCAUCAUCGUCCCAUGGUUGGUCCAAGAUACAGCGAAACGUACCGUAUAUAACUUCCCUUUCUGCACGAUCUUCGCGCCAUAUCGGCUCCUUCUUUCCUCGCGCCCCGGCGAAACAGGAAGGUCCCGUUUGAUGCCGCUCUACAACCGUCCAUCCGCCUUGUUUUACCUUAUGCAGCCCGAUACCCGCCGCUCUCACCGUGGGUUAAUAAUUAGCUCUUUCUUAUCUAUGCUACGGGGAUUAUCUCGACGUAGGUAGCGCAACGUUUGCUUCUCUUUUUCGUCGCCCCUUCGAGGACGAGAUUCUUCGUCCGUGCGACGGUGACUGAACGGCCAGGCGGCUAAUUGCUUGGAUUUUUCUAUGCCUCUUCCCUCCCAGGAAUAUGCAUAUUUGGUACAGAGUGGGAGAAUCGCUCGUGUCACACUUUUCAGGCUCUCAUGUUUUUUUGUAACUUGGAGUCGGGUCACCCAUUCACUGCUAACUGUCUAGUAGUUUGUACUACGAGUUUGGAUUGAUUGCAAUUGGUCGUAAGUGGGAAUUUUUGGAAAGGAUGAAAGAGAAUUUUUUCUCUAGACACGAGUGCUUUCGUAUCACUUUUUAUUAUCGAAAUAAUAAUUUAGAUUAAGUCAUACGAAGAGAACAACUUCUACGCAAAGUACUCCAAGCUUCCCGACCCUUAGAUACUUUUCAACCCCCCUUGAUGGUCCUCGAUUCCAGGAUGGCACUCUAAUAUUUCGAGAGUUUUCAGAAUUCAACAUUCGAGCAUCAAAGAAAGAAUGUCGACUAGUCUGAUUGCCAUCCUGCCGAUUACUCAACCGUCUGUGGUGAACAGCCUCCACACGUGCACGACGUGACCCUGGCACACAACAUUGCAGAAUAUUUUUGGAAUAUGUCUGCUGCAAAGUUGCCGAACCCUCCCUAUGUCUCCGUCCGCGCAAAUUGUUGCUACGCUUCUGCAACGCAUCGGACAAUAUCGCCGUGAUGUUACGUAAACGUACACGUUCUUGAUACGUCGUGUUUAUCGCACAUUUUUUUCUCACUUUUUUUUUCUUUAGAACAUGUAAAUUGCAUUCUUUUAGGGAAACGGCAUGAGUGAGAGCACGCUUUACUAUUGGAUUUACGAGGAACUCUCAUAACCAUUGAGAGAAACUCAUUCAUCCUUUCAAACACCGAAACACCCCCUCGCGAAUCACGGUCAGUCGUGGGACGGGCACGUGGGCGGCGCGGUGGCACAUCCACGGCAAAACAUAGGAAAUAGGUAGACGUUCGGUUUUGAUCGGUCGUGGGGAACGAGGCAGGGUUGAGAGCCAAGGGAAAGGAGGUAGAAGGCGAGGAGAGGAGUGAGGGUUCCUUCCAGAAGAUGGGGCAAACACGAAGCCGCUUCGGUAGGGAGCGUAGAGGGGUUAUUUCGUUUCGUCUCAGCGUGGUUUCCCAAGCGGUAGCCUCGCUCGCUGACUGGCAACGUCUACCGUUCGGCACACAGUCGAACCCAUUCGCCACUGGACGACAGACGUCGCGGCGUCACAACGUCGUCCCUUCGCUCGCGUAGUCCCUUUCUGUCACUUGUGCUUCAGACUUCCUGUCAUGCUCCAUCACGGGCUCCAUGUCGGUUUCAUUGUCGCGUUUGUGUCGGUGUACGCGCGCAGUGGCACCGGUUGCUCUUUCUGCGAGAGGCUAUCGCAGCAACAGUUGUCGCAGCAGCAGGGAUACAGGACGAUCGGUAGCCCCAGGCCCUUCGGCGCUGAGAAACCGACCAGGGCGCAGGAGUUCAACAGAACAGGGGUGCUGCACCCCGAGUACCAGAUACCAGCCAACCUGCGACCAGGAAAUGUAUCUCAGUUCUACUAUCUGAGUCCACGCGAAGGGCCUUCAUUGACGUUGCUCGUCAGCCCCUGUAGCGGACCGAUAUCAUGGACUGUCAGUUACGUAGAACCACCAGAGAACACCGAAGAAACCGAGGGCACGAAAUGCGCGGAGGAUCAGAAUUUCACGAUACCCAAGACACGCGCUGGCCUUUAUUGGUUCGAAAUUCAAGCAUUGGACCCCCCCGAUGACAAUUUACAAAAAUUGACACCCGGUACGGUGCUUUUGUACGCGACGUCCAACGACUUGGAUCACGUCACGGAAUGGCACCUUAACGACACGAAGAAUCGUCGUCGUCCGUUGAAGUUUCAGCAGAGGAGAAGUAAACGGCGACUCACGGUGUCCUGGAACAAAAGCGCCAUCGACCCCCACCUCUCGCGCUACUGUUUGGCUGUCACAUCGGGGUCCCAGCCUCACCCCUUGACCCUUUGCGCGGCGCAGAAUGUUCUCCACGUUCAUCCCCAUCCAAUGAAAAGGAGUUCAUCGUCCAAGGAGCAGCUACACCGCGGCAUUCCCGAGGGACUCCACUGCGUACGUCAAACGAAACUGACGCUGCACAGGAUGAAGUACGACACUACGUACAAUUUCACGUUAUACGUGGUGAACACUCGAAACAACGUCUCGAAUCGAGUAGCCACGGACACGAUGAAGUUCCGAAAAACUCCAGAGUUGAUGUUGCCCAAUGGACGUUACACCACGGCCAGUUUGCGCAAAACUGAUGGAUUCGUUAAUUUCCGCUACCGUCCUCCAGAGAACAUCUCGAGCACCUUUCAUAUUCUUCCGUGCGGUGGUGGAAUCGUCAAAGCCAAAUUAAGCGGCCCGGGAAUUUUACGGGAAAAGGAAGUAGUAGGAUAUGCGUCAUUAAGGGUGCCACCUUUAACUUCAGGAAAGACGUACACGUUACGGAUAUCCGCCACGCCUCAGGAGCUAGCACGAGUGUUCGCCAUAAAGGUAUUAGCUACCCAGGAAUCCUCUGCGAUAUUUCCACAGAUACCAUCCAGAAGUGCGCCGCGCGAAUACAGAUCCCUAAGAACCUGCCACGAAGUGACAAUAGGGAUAGAAUCAGCUGGCACGGCCAAGUAUUGUAUUCUGGUGCAAGAGUUAAAAAGCGCCUCGUCGUUGGCCAGAAUAACGAUCCCAGACCAAUGUAACCUUCAUCGUCGACGACGUUCGGACUACACCUUCGAAGUUUGCGAAGAAAAACAGAGUCCACCGAAGGAUCGAGCGCUACCGUUCACCCUUAAGCGGUUGCAGCCAGGAAAGGCUUACGUUUUGCAAAUCACGGCGCAAACGAAGGGACAAUCUUUGUCCUAUCCGUUAUUAGGUGUACGCACUCGACGUUCCUGUUCACCUUGACUCCGAAAAGCCAAGC